GUUUUUAAAAUUAAUUGAUAUAAUUUAAUAAUUUUUAGUGAACAAGUGCAUCAUGAAAUUGUUAAUUGCGUUGAAUUUGAUGAAUGCAGUAUUCUUUGUAUCUGCUUGUUCGAAAACUCCACCACCAAAAUAUUACAAUAAAAAUGAACGAUCAAUGGGCAUUUUGGUUGAUAAAAAUACCCCAGUUUUUUAUGUGACUGGUCAGUAUUACGAUGUGAAAGUUCGAAAAGAAAUAAAUAUGUUCAACGACUCAACUUCUAUCAGUUAUUAUAAGAAUCCUGCCAAUAAUCAGAUACUUUCAGGAACAUUGUACCCAAAAAUAUUGAUAGUCGUUGACAAUGGCAUGUAUAAACAAUAUGGUAAAUCAGGAAUUUUUGAAGCAGUAUUGAAUUAUUGGAACGAAGUUGAUGCAUAUUAUCAGCAGUUGAAGACUCAAAAAGUCAAACUUUGCAUGACAGGCGUUAUGAUCAUGCAGGAUCCAGGUGCGUUUGAAUUCCUUCAACCAAGUGCUACACCAUAUGACUCUACUCCAAAAUUAGAUGCCAGUAGUGCUCUUACUCAUUUAAGAUAUUGGAUAGAUGAUAACCGUUCUGCGAUUGAUAAUCUUAAAUUCGAUAUGGUGUAUUUGAUGACAUCUCAUAAAAUGUACGAUGGAUAUCAGGUUUAUGGCCAAUUAAAGGUUCUUGAUGGCUAUAAUGAUAGAGUCCCAUUUCCAGGAAUGAUUUCUAAAUGGGACGAUUUUGGAGGCAGUGUGUUUGCCGUUCGUUUGAUUGCUCGUGCAUUAGGUAUCGAAUAUGAUUCGUCUUCGGCUUGCGAAAAUAUCUCCGUCAUGUGCGAUUCAUGGAAAACUUAUACAACCGGGCCAGAUCCGUGGUCUGCUGAUUCUAAAUUCCAAUUCCUGCAACUCAAACAAAAAAAAAGAAUGAAUUAUUUAAGUGAGAAGCCCAGUUGUUUAAAAUAGUAAUAUAAAAUUAAUCACCGGAAUUAACAGUUAAGAGGAAUCCAACAUGAAUUUAAGAAUAAUUUUUGUAACGG